AUGAUAAUAUUAUUUCAGAACGAAGUAAGCGAGUGCAAAUACGGUAUAUUAAAUGUGCGGGCCUACUAUAAUGCAAAUUCACAGACGCUUGUAUUGGAUGUGAUCGGUGCGAAGCAGGUGAUCCCAUUGGAUGCUAAUGGACUCUCGGAUCCAUUUGUGGUUAUACGACUUGUUCCAAAAUAUCGCUAUCCAACUCAAGUCGUCAGUAAGACGCGAGUCGUCAGCAAAACUAUGAACCCGAUUUUCGACGAGACUUUCGAAUUGGAACGCGAUGGAAAAAAUGUCAAACCAGAGCAUUUCCACAUUCCGCCAAAGCUGCCGCCAUGCGCUAUGCUUCACUUCACCGUCAUGGAUCACGACUACUUGCGAUCGAACGAUUUCGCUGGAGAAGCAUUCCUGGAGCUAGCUGAUGUCCCAGGCUUUGGAGUAGCUGGCGGCAAUACUCUUCGGCAAUUUAAUCUCAUUCUUAUACAACCUGUUCAAAAUAAUAAAGAAAUAAUUGAUGUGUUGGCAAGUAGAAAAGAAGAUAAAGAAGCGCUCGAAUUCCUUCGGUCGAUUACUACGGCUUAUUAG